AUGUGCCAGCGCUGCGCUGCUCGCAACGACGAUUGCGUCUACAAACUGAACCCGACGCUGUCCUACACGCAGCGGCUGGAGGAUCGCAUCAAGGAGCUGGAGGAGCAGCUCGCAAAGGUCACGGCUGCAACGCCACCACCACCCGCAGCCACCGGCAGCAAGUCUCCUGCGUCGAGUCAUCCAAGCCCUACAACCUUAGGGGGCGCUCAGCAAGACAACCGGCAGCAGAUUGACGACAGCAUAGCCCGGAGCUUCCGCGGUCUCAAGAUAGACGAAAAGGGCGGCGUCACCUAUCAUGGAACCACAAGCUUCUUUAAUCUUCCCAGUGAUCGUAGCUCUGCGGCCGUAACUGCCGACAUGCACGCUACCGCAACUGACCUCGAAAGUCAGCGGAGGGAGCGCCUCGUUUCGAACGCAUGGCAGCAGCGCAUCUUGGAAGAGUCAUCUGGGGUCCCCGAACCAUUUCAGACGCUUCUUAAUGUCCAUUGGUGUUGGAUACAACCCCUCUUCAACUUCAUCUACCGACCAGCAUUUACUCGCGAUAUGCAGUCCAUGGGUCCGUAUUACUCACAUACACUGCUCAACGCUGUUCUCUCUCACUCAAUACGCUGGGCAAAGAGCGAUCCCAAGACGAAACAGAUUCUCGAUGAGUCGUACGACGGAGGCGCCGUCUUUGGCGAGCACGCACGCAGUAUGCUUUUCGACGAGCUCAGCAGGGGAGUAUGCACGAUCCCGACGGUUCAAACAUUACUGCUCUUGAGCGCACAGGAAUGCAGCCUUGGGAACACGACCCAAGCCUGGACGUACAGUGGCCUGGCGUUCCGGCUGAUAGACCACUUGGGAAUAUGCGUGGACGGGGAUCGAUAUAUCAGCUCGGUCCACUUCACUGACGAGGACGUGGAAAUCCGACAUCGAGUCUUUUGGUCGUGUUAUUUCUGGGACAAAAUCAUCAGUCUGUAUCUUGGUCGAUCGCCAUCACUCAAGCACACAACGGUGUCUCCCCCUCAGAUCAUGUUCGACGACUCUGCUGAAAACGAGCUGUGGGUUCCCUUUGGGGCGCCUCCACUCCAAACCGCCCCUUGGAAGUAUCCACCUGCUACCGCUCAUUCGGCCUCUUGCUUCCUGAGCAUGUGCCGGCUGUCAGUCAUAUUUAACGAAAUCUUGAUUCACAUGUACGAUCCUCUCAUGCAGAAUACCGAGUCCGAGGUGCUCGAGUGCCUGGCGACCCAGGAGCCGGCUCUCCAGCAAUGGUGGGAUGAGCUGGCCCCGUAUCUGAAGCUCGAGCCCAUGGCCUUGCCCAGCCUGGCCCCACCAUCUCACAUCGUGCUACUGUACCGUCCAAUGCUCACCCGGAGAAGAUUGGAGGACGACGUUGCGUCGAACCAACGCUACCUCGUCGAGUGCGUGUCAUCCGCCACUGCCAUCAUCGCCAUUUUUGAUCUCUUCUGCCGAACCUUUACCAUGAACUACUGCGUGCUGUCACUGGCGUACAGCGUGUACAUCGCUUCGUCGAUAUUCCUGCUCCAGGUCCAGGCUGCCCCGGAUGAUGGACAAGCCCUAGGGCGGCUCAACUAUUGUAUGCAGGCUUUGAAGCAAGUCAAGACUUUUAGUCCCGUCAUCGGGAGCGCCAUAAACGCAUUGAAUAGGGAGCUCUCAGCCGUCGGCAUCUCGUUGGACGUGCCGCAGCAACAGCAGCCACCCCCGAUCCCCGUCACCGAGUUUCCUCUGGUGGCCCCAGGGUAUCAGGCUGUCGAUGUACCCGUCGACGCGUCGUCACCAUCGCAGCCCCAGGCUGCUCAUCCACUAUUCCAGGUUCCUUCAACUCACAGCUAUGGCACCCAUGCAAUGGCCAUGGAUCCAGGCAUCUUCGAGGCCAUGUCGUCCUUGGAGCCACUCAGUGUCCGAGUCGGGGCCCUUCCCAAUGUGGACAAUCAGAAUCCUUUCUAG